CAGUGCUUUUUGUGAACUUUUAGAACUGCAUUCGAUAGUGCUCGUCGAGACGAAGAAAAUGAGUGCGUUCACGACACUCAAUAGUUGCGGAACUGUUGAGUGAUUUUUUCGUGAACGCUACUGAGCGGAGCGCUCACUUACAACAUGUUGAGUGAGUGGUCAUCAUUUUUUGGAUCAUAAAAAUUCUUCGCUACUUAUGUCCAUCAGUUUCUGAUCCAAUAUGGCAUUGCCCGUGAUUCAUAUAUGUAAAAAAAGCGUAAAUAAUUAUUUAGAGACAUAUAAUAAAAGUUAUGUAAGAGACGGUGUAGAAUAUGUUAUAGCCGAGACAUUUGAUGUGCAUCAACUAUUAUCUACUGACUCACAAUAUUUCCAACAAUAUUUGGAUACAAAUCUCCAUUCGCUCGAGAUUUCGGACGUAUCAGCUUUUAUAGAUGCAGUGAAUAAUACACGUAUGUUAGGACCGGUAGCAGAUGAAUUUUCGUGGACUGGACAAAAAACGAAAUUAUUACUUUCAUUAUAUCAAGAGCGUAAGAGAGCUUUUCGUGAUCCAAAGAUUAAAAAAAAGAAGUUAUGGUCAAACAUACGUGAGAAAUUUGAGCAAAAAGGAUACAAAAAUGUAUCUGAAGACUGUCUUGACAGAAAAAUGCGGAAUAUGAAGAAGAUAUACCGGAUAAUAAAAGAUAAUAAAAAAAGUAUAACGGACAGAGAACAUAUAAGCUGGGAAUAUUUUGAUUCAUUUGAAGAGAUAUUUCAAGAUGAUUGUACUAUUAAUAUCGGAUCUACGCUCUCUUCGUUGAAUGAAAUACAAAAGGAUAUAUUUGAAGAGAAACGUCAUGCUACAGAAAAUUUUGAUUCCUUAUCCUCUAACACACAACCAGUGGGAAGCCAAGAUGGUUCAUCUAGUGAAACAAGCAACAUUUUACAUACACCAAGUAAAAAUAAAUCAAUUAAACAUAAAGGAUUAUAUUCGCUAAGGAAAAAACAGAUACAAUUAGAAAAAAAACGUAUAAAUGUAUUACAAGAAUUAGUAAAAAGUAUAAAUACUGCAAAUGCUAUUCAGCAAAAUAGGAACGAGUUAUUGGAAGCGCUAUUAAAGAAGAGAAAUAAUCAAAGGUAAGAAAAUGGGCUGGGAUCAAAUACUUAAAUAUCUUUUUGUAAUAUAUUAUAUAUUUUACUGUUAAUUUAUGUAACAAAUACAUUUCAAAAGGUACAUCACAAA